AUGACACAUGUUAUCGCUCUUCAUGGAGCAACAGGUUCAGGCAAAUCGACGCUCUCUCGUUUAAUGGGUGAACAUUUAGGCACGAAAUGUCUUGUUAUGGAGGAAAGUUUGGAUGUACUUUUGACUACGCCAAGUUCAGAUGAUAGUCAAACGUCGUGGUAUCGUCAAAAAACGGCAAUUACCGCUAGUGAUACUGUCACAAGUUUUUUUAUGAGAUAUAUCAGUCCAACAUCGGUACUUAUUUUUACCCUCAUAACUUAUUUUUUUACUGGUACUGUCUGGGCAGUUGUCAUAUUGUUUAUUAUUUGUUUGACUAUUGGUCGAUUUUUUCGUUGGCUUAACAGUCACAUUUUAUCAAAAAUGUGGUUAUACAAUGUUUCUUUACUUAAAGAUCAACAAAAUCAAAAUAAUUAUACAUGGAUAUGGAGAGAUCGAACUUGCGUCGAUAUCUAUACAUAUUGUAUAAUGAAUAAUAGCACUUCAGUUCCACUGAAUACGAGCCAAAUUCUUCUAGAACAAACACACACAACGAGUGUAGCUGUCAUACUAGAUGUACCAGAACAUAUUAUCAAGACACAUUUAAGAAAAAGAAUGACCGCUCCAACCACAUCAUUUUCGUUUGCUAUUGCUACACGACUAAUAUUGUGGACUAAAAUACCCGUUCAAUCAUCAAUUAAUGCUCUAAAGUUAAUCGAACAAUGGUACCAAAAAAUGAAUAUACCUGUAAUUAAAAUUAGUCAACUUCGUAAUAAAUUAGAUUGCGAUUCAAUUACAGGCGACAUUCAAUGGAGUAAACAUUCGAUCAAUGUCCUCCAUAAAACUAUCGAAGAAGCUAUUGAAAAACGUGGAUUACCGUCGUCGACGAUUGAUGAUUUGUUAAUGCCAUGGCAAACUAUACAAAACUCUCGUCUCGCUCAUAUUUAA